AUGAUGUUUGAUUCGUUUAUCUCUUCGUCGUUGUUCUCCUCUAGAUCAGUCCAUGCAACCACCGUGAAGGUUAGAGAUAUAGCUAUGAGAUAUAGAAAUGGAGCAGCAAGAAAUGGAUCAGACUUCAUCAAAGUGGAUCAAACCUCAUCAAAGCAUCUCUGUUUCAUCUUCUUCUCUGAAGAGAAGAAGCUCUCCUUCUCCUGCGGUAUGGAUCCUUUUAGUCAUCCUUGUAGCUUUCAAAACCUCUUAAACUCACAACAACCCAACACCUCCUUCUCCUUUGCUAGUCGUGAACCUUCAAUUGAACUCUCUGCCUCCGAUGCGUCUGUAUUUGGUACACAAUCCCCUGAAGAUGCCACCGAAGAUGCAGCCUUUGUGUCUGACCAUAAAGAAAGACGGAAAUGGUCACCAAUUGAAGAUGUGGUGCUUAUAAGUGCUUGGCUUAACACGCCGAAAGAUCCGGUGACAGGAAAUGAGCAAAAAGCUAUUGCCUUUUGGAAGCGGAUUGCGGUUUAUUUUGCAUCAAUUCCUAAGCUUGCGGGUUUGCCAAAGCGAGAGCCUAGCAACUGUAAACAGAGGUGGGGGAAGAUUAACAAGGGUGUUUUCAGGUUUGUUGGGUGUUAUGAAGCGGCAACCAAACAGAAGUCUAGUGGACAGAGUGAGAAUGAUGUGUUGAUAAUGGCUCAUGACAUCUUCUUUAAUGAUUACAAAGUAAAGUUUACACUCGAGCAUGCUUGGUUGGAGCUUCGCCAUGAUCAGAAGUGGUGUGGAGCUUCUUCAACAAGAGAUAAGGUUAGCUCAAAAAGAAGGAAGUUAGAUGAUAGCUCGGCACAGUCAUCAACGUCUGUGGCAGGAGGGGAUGAAGUAAUGGCUCGUCCUGUUGGCGUGAAAGCAGCAAAGGCAAAAGGUAGAAGGAAGGGAACGGCUUCUGAAGAUGAAGUGAAGAGCCAAGCGGAUUUUCAGAGCUGUUGGGAUAUAAGGCAGAAGGACUUUGCCUUGAAGUAG